AUGGUGUCGAGUCACCACCACCUCAGUUUGUUGAAGGGGUGGGUGGAAGAUGUUAGUGAUGAGGAGGUUGAUGAUGGUCAAACUGGUCAAAAUAAAAGUUCCUCUAAAAUUGACAAAAGUACCCCCGUUGUGACCAUCCCCAUCCCAAAAGUUAAGGAAAAGGGUGUGGAUGUUAAUGUCGCCCCUUAUCCCGAAGCUUUGUUGGGACCAUCUAUGAAAGUGCAAACUCACAAGUUUGCUAAGAAACUUGAUUUAACUGAAAAGGUGAGAUCGAUUUUUUCGGGUGAACUUCCACCAAAGUUGCAAGAUCCAGGGGUGCCUAUCAUCUCUAUCCAAGUUGGAGAAUUUGAAAUGACAAGGGUACCUUUGGAUCUUGGGGCGAGUGUGAGUAUCUUGCCGGGUAGUUUGUAUGAUCAAUACAAAUUUGGUCCUCUUCAACCGGCAAACACCACCGUGGUGUUGGCCGACUUGACACCCAAAAUACCUCGUGGGAUAGUCACAGAUGUAAUUGUCAAGGUCGAGGACUUUUAUUAUCCGGUGGACUUUCUUGUACUUGAUUAUGUCUCUUUAGACCGAACCAAGCAACCAACGGUUAUUCUUGGUCGACAAUUUUUGGCAACAUCGAAUGCCCAAAUGAAUUGCAAAUCGGGCACGGUUGACAUGACUUUCGGUAACUGUCGGUUGCGGUUAAACAUUUUUUCGGGAUUGACGAAUCCUCUAGUCAAAGAUGAAUGUUACAUGGCGGACAUCGUUGACGAGUGUAUACCUCUAUGUGACACGGGUGUCGAUGAGGAAAACACAAUAGAGGAAUGUUUUAUGUUUGACAGGUUGCAAAUGGAGACAAAUCGGAGCAUUGACGAGGAGGAAAAGAAGUUGGAGAUUCUGGCACCUCCAACGGUGGAGUUGAAGGUGUUGCCUAAGCAUCUCAAGUAUGCUUAUGUGGGUGAGGGCAACACGCUCACGGUCAUUAUUGCAUCAAACUUGACCGGGGAGCAAGAGGAGAAGUUGAUGGCGGUGUUGAUCACCAAUAGGGUAGCUAUUGGGUACCUCAUUGAGAAGAAAGAUGCUAAGCCGCAGUUGAUUCGAUGGGUUAUUUUACUACCAGAAUUUGAUUUAGAAAUAAGGGACACAAAGGGUAGUGAGAAUGUGGUGGUUGACCACUUGUCCCAUUUGAUGGUAGAAGAGGGUUCUUCAUGA